GAGAGCCCUCUAUAGGGACGUCAUGCAGGAGAACUACGAGACGGUGACCUCACAAGUUCCCCUUUCGCCUGGCACAGGGAACGACUCGCGUCCGGAUUCUCUCUCUGUCCCAGCAGCUGGCAAGACGGUGAGUGAGAACGGGGAGGAGAAGCCGGAGCAGGAAGGCCUUGGGCAAGCAGAACUGCUUGGAGUGUUAUCGGCGACAUCAGAAAGGAACUCUCCCCAGAGUCACGCAAAGGGCUCCGGAAGUCAAUGCGGGUCAGAGAGGCAGCUGGGAAACCAGCCAGGGGAGAACGUGGCUCAGUCCAUUCACCGUGCGGGAGGAGGAUGCAACGAUCUCAAGGAAACCGCAGCCCGGCCGAGAAUCCACGCCGGAGAGAGAGACAACACGUGCGCGGAGUGCGGGAAAAGCUUUCAUUGGCGCUCGUAUCUUAUUAGACAUCAGAGAUCCCACACGGGGGAGAAAUCCUAUAAAUGCCUCGACUGCGGGAAAAGCUUCAGUCAGAGCUCGCUUCUCAUUAGACAUCAGCGAACCCACACGGGAGAAAGACCCUAUAAGUGCCUGGAAUGUGGGAAAAGUUUUAGUGACAACUCGCACCUCAUCGCCCAUCACAGAAUCCACACGGGCGAAAGGCCCUACAAAUGCCUUGAGUGCGGGAAAAGUUUCAUACAGAGCUCCGUUCUCGUUGCCCAUCAGAGAAUCCACACAGGAGAAAGACCCUAUAAAUGCCCCGACUGCGGGGAAAGGUUCAGUCGGACCUCAGAGCUUAUUGUGCAUCACAGAACCCACACGGGCGAGGAACCCUACAAAUGCCUGGACUGUGGGAAGACUUUCAAUCGGAACUCCAACUUCGUGGUACAUCAGAGACUGCACACGGGGGAGAGGCCCUGUAAAUGCCGGCACUGUGGGAAAAGCUUCAGGCAGAGCUCCAACCUGAUUGCGCAUCAGAGAAUCCACACGGGAGAGAAACCCUACAACUGCCUAGAAUGUGGGAAAAGCUUCAUUCAGAGCUCACAGCUCAUUACCCAUCAGAGACUGCACAGGGGGGAGAAACCCUACAAAUGCUCGGACUGUGGGAAAGGUUUCAACCUGAGCUCCAGCCUCAUUAGACAUCAGGGAAUCCACACGGGAGAGAAACCCUAUUACUGCCUUCACUGCGGGAAAAGCUUCAGCCAGAGCUCCCAACUCAUUGUGCACCAGAGAAUCCACACGGGAGCCAAACCUUACACAUGCGCCGAAUGUGGGAAGAGCUUCCUUAAGAACGCACACCUUGUUGCACACCGGAGGAUCCACACGGGAGAAAAACCCUAUCAGUGCCUUGAAUGUGGGAAAAGCUUCAACCAGCGCUCCCACCUUGUGGUGCAUCAGCGAAUCCACACCAAAGAGAGACCCUAUAAAUGCGGCGAGUGCGGGACAAGCUUUGUUCACAGCUCCCACCUUAUCGUGCAUCAGAGGAACCACAAGGGAGAGAGACCCUAUAAAUGCCUCGAGUGCGGGAAAAGCUUCACUCAGAGCUCGAGCCUGAAUGUGCACCAGAGAACCCACUCGGGAGACGAACCCCAUAAAUGCCUCGACUGUGGGAAAAGCUUCGAUUACCGAUCGCACCUUAUGGUGCACCAGAGGAUCCACACGGGGGAGAAACCCCAUAAAUGCUUCAUCUGUGGAGCGAGCUUCGUUCACAAAUCAAACCUGAACGCGCACCAGAGAAUCCACAAGGGAGAGAGACCUUACGAAUGCCUCGACUGUGGGAGAACAUUCAAAUCCAGAUCAAACCUUAGCAGGCAUCAGAAACAACACACAGAAGAGAAAUCCUACACGUGCGCUGAGUGUGGGGAGCGGUUUGUUGAGAACUCCGGCCUUAUUAAACAUCAGAGAACCCACACGGGGGAAAAACCCUAUAAAUGCUUUGAAUGUGGGAAAAGUUUCAACUGGAGCUCAAACCUGGUUGCACAUCAGAGAACGCACACCGGCGAGAGACCGUAUAAAUGCUUGGACUGCGGGAAAAGCUUCAAUCAGAGCUCAAACCUCUUUCAGCAUCAGAGGAUCCACAUGGGAGACAAACCCUAUAAAUGCUCCGACUGCGGGAAAAGUUUCAUUCAGAGCUCCGUUCUUAUCACGCAUCGGCGGAUCCACACGGGAGAAAGGCCCUACCAGUGCCUCGACUGUUGGAAAACGUUCAAUCAGAGUUCGGAACUGAUUUCGCACCGGCGAAUCCACACGGGGGAGAGGCCGUAUGGCUGCCUUGUCUGUGGGAAAAACUUCAACUGGAGCUCAGCGCUCACUGCGCAUCAGAGGAUUCACACCGGAGAAAAACCUUAUGAGUGCACCGGCUGUGGGAAAAGUUUCAGCCGGAGCUCCACCCUUGCCAGACACCAGAGGCUGCACACUGGACAGAAUCCCUCGAAUGUGGAAGAAGCAUCAGCUGGGCUCUGAUGGUCUCGUGCAUCAGCAGCUCAACAUAGGGAAGAGACCUUAAACACUCUUAGCAGGGAAAAUCCUUCAGGUGGCGCGAAUGCCAUAUUGGACAUCAGAGACUCUUCCACACCAGAGGAAAAAUUGUUAUCAGUGCCCAGGUUAGGGCUGGCUAUAGUUUAAAAAACCCAACAUUUCUUCAUUCCCACACACAUCAGGGGCGUUUGGCUCCCAGGGAUCCAGCUGCCCAUCGCUGAGGUGAGGAUCCAGCAGCAGCUGGUCAGUGACCCUCUGGCUCUGCCUGGUCUAAGCAAACCCCAGGCAGAGGAGGAGAAGCCCCGAUCAGCCCCUCCUCCCUGCUGCAGCCGUGGCUGCUGAGCUGAUGAGCCACAGAUGGGGAAGGGAGAGAGAGAAACUCCUCCAGCCGCUCCCUCUGCCUGACUAAAGUUCCCGCCUCUCCCUUCCCUUCCCAGCCGGGAUCCCCCUGCCAUGGAGAUGAGGAGAAGGACACUUGGGCCAG